CCUUCUCAUCAAUGAAAAUAGAAGAUUACGCCCUUUUAUUUUUCACAAAAUCUAUCUGGAGCAGUAUGGAGCCGAGGAGCAAGGCAGUAGAUAAGAUAGAAGGGGUCAGGCUCCAGGUGGAGCAGAGGAUACUGUUAGGAUAACGAACUUGAAACGCUGAGCCCGAACCUCCGGCGAGCGAACACACCUUAUCGUCGUUUUAUCUUGCAGCCGACCACAUCGUCUUCUCAAUAUCUCACGACUGCGUCUUGCGCCGAUAGACUCGAUUUCAUGUGUUUGAGCAAGAAAUUGUACCACUUUAUAAAUGCUUGCUGAAAAUCGUUUUCCUAAAACGCCACGAUUCACCCUGGGAAAGGGAAAGUGAGAUGGCAGCGACAGGCCAUUGUGUGGCGCAUUUUAUGGAACCUGCAGACUCUUCUACCAAAUGCAACAACAUAUUAGGUGCAACCAAACACACUGUCUACACACCUACCCAAAGAUAUAAUCAUUUUUGUUCGCUAUCAAUGAACGGUUGCCAAGCUCGAGACCCAAGAAGCCCUGUCGGGAUGACUGAAACUCGGACUUUUCCGUCUGUAUCAACACCUGCCAUGGCAAUGGAACGACUCAGUUCUGUGAUUACUGAGUUGGGGUCCCACCCCCCGGUGUACAGGUCCGGAAUAUUACGGCUGGAGGUUCCAAUCGAACAGCAAAUCGAAGCAAUCGACUGGCUACGCGGUCAGCAACAAUUCCAGCAUCUCCCUCGAUGUUUCUUCUCGGGUAGAAGUAGAAGGCAAAGAAGAAUCAAUGGCUAUGGCUAUCCUUCUUUAUUUGAUUACGACGACACCAGCGACCACGAUUCCUCUCCCCUCAGCGUUGCUGGUUUCGGUUCUGCUGUCUUCUUUCGCCAUUUCAGUCCCUUCUCACUCCAUGAUUGGCGAUCUAUCAAGAGGUUCCUCUCUAAGAAGUGUUCAAUGAUCCGUGCUUAUGGGGCUAUCCGUUUUGAUGCCUUGGCUAAUAUAUCAUCUGAAUGGGAAGCUUUUGGGUCAUUCUUUUUCAUGAUUCCACAGGUUGAGUUUAAUGAGUUUGAAGGAAGUUCAAUGCUUGUGACUACUAUUGCUUGGGAUGAAUCCCUUUCAUGGACAUUUGGGAAGGCACUACAUGCACUUCAGGCCACCAUGACACAGGUAUCCUGUAAUAUUGUAAAGUUACGAAAAGAGGUUCCUAAUACAUCCAUUUUAAGCAGCAAUAAUGUCCCGAGUAAGAAAGUAUGGGAUUUUGGGGUUAAUAGAGCAUUGCAGAUGAUAAACAAAAACAACUCCAACUCACCCCUUAUCAAGGUGGUGCUUGCACGUAGCAGCAUAAUCAGAACCUCCCCUGAUAUUGAUCCUUUGACAUGGUUGGCAACUUUACAGGUUGAAGGUGAAAAUGCUUACCAGUUUUGUCUUCAGCCUCCUGAUGCACCAUCGUUUAUCGGGAACACUCCAGAACAAUUAUUUCAUCGGAAUAAAUUCGACAUUUAUAGCGAGGCCAUGGCUGGAACCCGAGCUAGAGGUGACUCAAAGGCCCUUGAUUUGCAGAUAGCACUAGAUUUACUUUCCAGCUCUAAGGAUGACAAGGAGUUUUCUAUAGUGCGGGAGUGCAUAAGAAGAAAAUUAGAGUCAGUAUGCACGACAAUAUUGGUUGAACCAGAGAAAACCAUACGGAAGCUACCUAGAGUACAACAUCUUUAUGCUCGAUUAAGAGGCAGACUAAGAAGUCAAGAUGAUGAGUUUGAUAUUUUGUCUUCACUUCAUCCAACUCCAGCUGUGUGUGGAUUCCCUACUGAGGAGGCACGUCUUCUCAUAGCAGAAACUGAAAUGUUUGACCGAGGAAUGUAUGCUGGUCCAGUUGGUUGGUUUGGAGGAGGAGAGAGUGAGUUUGCUGUUGGUAUAAGGUCCGCCUUGGUUCAAAAGGGAGUUGGGGCAUUAAUAUAUGCUGGGACUGGGAUUGUGGAAGGAAGUAAUUCGUCUCAGGAGUGGGAUGAACUCGAACUCAAGACAUCUCAGUUCACAAAGCUGAUGAAGCUGGAGGUGGCCUCUGUCAAUACAAAAAAGGCUAUGUUAUCUGAAAUGUAAAACUACUUACUGUAAAGAUUCCACUUAAUGGGAUUUGACCAUGCCUGUCUUCAUUCAUUCAUUCAUAAUUCAUUUGGUUAAGGAGGCAAUUGCAAAUGCCUAGGAAGAUUAUUUUGAUGAAGAUACAACCACCCCACCUUCUCAUCCAAUCAAUUUCAGGUAGAUAGCCUUGUUUUCUGGUUUCUUUUUGUUUAUAUUCAUCAUUAUUUGGGUGUGAAAUCCUGCUUCAGUUAAUACAUCACCACUUGUAUAUUAAGCAAUAUUUCUUUAUAGAUUAAAGCUAACACUGCAUUUUCUAUAACCACCCUCCCGUUAAUAUAUAAUUAAUUCUUUUAGCAAUUAAA